GGAAGCAGCCAUGCUGGCAGCUCAUAAAAACCAGGAAGAAUCAGACACACUCACACACACUCGGCACACAGCAGCCCUGUGAGGGAAUGAGCCGCUCUCACACCGCUCCACUGAAGUUAUGGCUUUAAUAUGGCCGACAAAGGUCCAUUCCUGACUUCUUGUAUCAUUUUCUACCUGUUCAUCGGAGGCGCCAUAUUCCAGAUCCUCGAGGAGCGCAACUGGAUCUCAGCCAGAGACACUUACAUCCAGAAGAAGGAGGACCUCCUGAGAAAGUAUACCUGCUUAACAAAAGAAAACCUCAAUGAGAUCCUGGAGGUUGCGUCACAGGCUGCAGGCCAGGGCGUGGCCAUCACCGGGGAGAAACACCGCAACUCCUGGGACUGGAGCAACUCUGUCAUCUUUGCUGCCACCAUUGUCACCACUAUAG